AUGAAAACAAAAUCACAUAGAAAUAACAGAGGAAUUACAAUUAGACGCAUUAGCGGUAAUAGGUCUGAUGAUUCCUUAUUAAAUUCCGAGUCCGAUGAGGAUGUAAUAGUAUUUCCACGACGACGAAUAAAUGUUAUUGAUAGUGAUAGAAAAUUUAAUACUCAAUCCUCGUCAGAUGAGGAAGAUGCAGAACCACAAAGAAUUAUUUGGCAACCACUAUCCCAGACGAAUAAUAAUAGUUGUUAUCGCCCUUGGAAAGGAGAUUGCCCUAACGUCCCUGAAGUACUCCAUUCUCCUAUGACCAAUUUUCGACAACUAUUUGACAAGGAAAUUAUAAGUAAUAUAGUUGACUAUACCAACAUGUAUGCACUGCAAUGUGAUCCAGCAAAACCCAUUGCUGUUUCAGUGAAUGAAAUCGAACAAUUCUUUGGCUGCUGUUUUUUUAUGUCCAUUUACGGAUUACCGAGAACUGAAAUGUAUUGGAAUUUAAAGACAAGUAUGUCUGCUGUUGCCGAUGAGGCUACUAUGAGCCGUACGCGAUGGAGAGAAAUAAAAUCAAAAAUACAUUUUAGUAGAAAGUUACGGGCCAAUGCAACAAACAAUGCAAAAAUGACCGAUAGUUUACAAAAAAUAAGACCCAUUCUGAAUAAAUUGGUGAAAAAUUUUAAUCACAUUCCGAUGUCUGAACACGUAUGUGUUGACGAGCAGAUUAUACCGUUCAAAGGAAGACAUAGGCUAAAAAACUAUAUGCCCAAAAAACCUAAAAAAUGGGGCUACAAAGCUUUUUUACUGUGCGACUCAUCAGAACUCAUUUACAAUUUUGAAAUUUACACCGGCAAAGUGAUACAUGAUCCCGAAUUACUUAAUGUCGGAAGUAGUGGUAAUGUCGUAUUACGAGUAGCAAAAAUUAUACCCAAACAAUUAUUUUACAAAAUUUGUUUCGACAAUAGGUUUCCAACGUUGUCUUUAGUAACUGAAUUAGAAAAAUUAGAAAUUCAGAGUGUUGCAACUGUGCGGUCAAACCGACUAAAAAACUGUGAGUUUUCGUCCGAUAAAGUCAUGAAAACUAAGGGCCGAGGAAGUUAUGAGAUACUUUCUACAUCUAUUGAUAGGGUCAUCAUAAAAGCGAUAAAGUGGUACGAUAAUUUGAUGAGCACGUUUUGCGAAGUUGAACCAGUACACAUAGUGAAAAGGUGGAACAAAAAAAUAAACAGAAUGAUCGAUGUACAACAACCAAAUAUAGUGAAAACAUACAACCAACACAUGGGUGGAGUAGAUUUGGUUGAUUCGUUAAUAGCGUUGUAUCGAAGAAAAAUUUGA